AUGCCGUCCACCCCUCCGCCGACAGACGCUUCUGCCGACCCUCCCAGCCCGCCAUCGCCCACGGCCAGCUUCUACGACAUGAGCGACGAAGACGAGACCGAGUAUAGCACCGUGAGACAUAGCAAGAGCACGAAAGGCGUCAAGCUAUUGUAUGCCAAGAGCAAGGUCUACGUCCAUCCGACACCCAGCGCAAAGGACAAUGUCGCGGGCUUUGUGGCGUUGGUCCAGCAGAAGCCUGAAGGGUCAGAGGCGCCGACGACGCCUGGAAGUAGCAGUGGACGAACGAGGCCGCGAUCGGAUUUACUGAUUUCAUGGGUUCCGGAGAAUGGAUUGGGAGAUGUCACGGAGAAGUAUACCAAGGUCGAGAUGGCGAAUGUCGACACUGAGAGCCCGCCCAAGCAAUCGUUCCUUGUUCCAAGGCCACCGGUUGUUACGUCGCACAGCUCCAGCCUGGGCACAUACGCGUUUGCGAUCCCAGUCAGUGAGAUCUUCAGCAUCCUCGUCCGCCCGCCUAGCACGGGAUGGUGGUUCGGCAGCAUCGUCAUCAACUCCCGUUCAGGCGACAGCUUCCCACCGCUCUUCUUCCACGACUCUGAGUGCCAGUCUACGAUCGAUCAGCGUAAGAAGCUGCAGCGCGAGAACUUCAGCAUCGAGGGCAAAGCUGGGGGAAUGUUCUGGGGUGGCGAUCAGGUGUUGGAGUGGUUGAAGAGAUACGUGACCAUUGAACGAUCUGUGCAAGAGCCGAGUAUCUACCUGGUUGAUCCGAAUGAGGCUGAUAAGUUGUCUUUUGGGAGUGGCGGGAAGCCUACGUCGGAUAAUGUGAGGAAUGUGCUGGAGGGCAAGCCGAAAGAUCAUCCGUCAAAUUCGAAGAGGAACAGCAAUGGCAAUCAAGGAGAGCAAGUCUUGAAUGUGCUCAAGCAGGCGCGUUGGAACUUUAUGGAGAAGAUGGCUCAGGUCACGACGUUCACGAGACGGACGGCGCAGGCGGUGGCGGAGAACAAGAAUCUGCCGCCCCAAGUUCGACGUUUGAUGCAGAAUCCCCAAGUGCAGACAGUGUCAGACGAGUUUGACUCGGCGAGACUUUAUCUUGCACGAUGGGCGAUGGGUAUUGCUGAGCAAUCGGAGCGUGAGAGGAAUCAGCGGAUAUGGACGGCCAAGGAUAUUCUGGAAGUCGAGGAUAGCGAGCUGGGCCAGUUUGAGCUGCUUGAUGCAGACGCCCAAGGGCUGAGCCUUGCAGACAAGAGGAAGCCUGUGACACUGGAAGAGUGGAACAGCUUCUUCAAUUCAAGGACAGGACGAGUGGAGAAGACGUCUGACGAGAUCAAGGAACGAGUGUUCCAUGGUGGUCUUUCUACUGAAGACGGUGUAAGAAAGGAGGCAUGGUUGUUCUUGCUUGGUGUUUACGAGUGGGACAGCACGAAAGAGGAGCGUCAUGCGAAGAUGGACAGUCUGAGAGACGAGUACAUUCGUCUCAAAGGUGCCUGGUGGGAGCGGAUGGUCGAUGAGACUGGUACUCUGGAAGAGCGGGAGUGGUGGAAGGAGCAGAAGAUGCGAAUAGAAAAGGAUGUCCAUCGCACUGAUCGACAUCUGCCCAUCUUCGCGGGCGAAGAUAUCCCUCACCCUGACCCAGACAGUCCGUUCGCAGAGUCUGGUACCAAUGUCCAUCUGGAGCAGAUGAAGGAUAUGCUUCUGACAUACAACGAAUACAACCGCGACCUCGGCUACGUUCAGGGCAUGAGCGACUUGCUGGCACCUAUCUAUGCUGUCGAGCAAGAUGACGCCGUUGCGUUUUGGGGCUUCACCAAAUUCAUGGAACGAAUGGAGCGAAACUUUCUGCGGGAUCAAUCUGGCAUGAGAUUGCAGCUAACGACGCUCGAUCAGCUUGUGCAGAUACUCGACCCGAAGCUGUACGAGCACCUCGAGAAGCUGGACAGCACCAACUUCUUUUUCUUCUUCCGCAUGCUUCUGGUCUGGUUCAAGCGGGAGUUUGAAUUUGAGGAUAUCCUGCGUAUGUGGGAAGGGCUCUGGACCGAUUACUUGUCCUCAAACUUCCAUCUAUUCAUCGCAGCCGCGAUCCUUGAGAAGCAUCGAAAUGUCAUCAUGGACCACUUGAAGGGCUUCGAUGAAGUGCUGAAGUACGUCAACGAACUCUCGGGUACGAUUGACUUGUACUCGACCCUCGUCAGAGCCGAAGCGCUCUUCAGGAGAUUCCAACGCAUGGUCGAGGCGAUUGACAAGAAGUCCAACUUCCCGAUACCAUCGGCUCGACAGAGACUUCCACAGCCGCCAUCACCCACUGCUGCUCGGCCGGGUAGCGAUGGCAGACCCAGACAGGGCAGCAGCUCCAGCAUCGGUAACGCGAGCGGAAGUACCAGACGACCUUCACAAGGCACGGCUCAGACAUCGGGCCGAGAAAGGACUGUUGGCGAUCACAUCGCGGCUGGCAUUGGAGCGGAGAAGGAGAGAGUGAUUACGCCUGAACUUCGCAGUUUGUUGAGUCGGGAUGUGCCUAAGCUUGAUAAGACGGAGGUUCAAGCUCACGGUGGUGGUGUUGGAAGUUAG